UUUUAUCUUCAGGCUCCAGUUUGAGGCAUCGUGACAGGCGUGUUCGCUGGCGAUUAUCAAAGUUCGCUCGGUUAACUUAUAAACGAGGACGACAGUAAUAGUUCGCUGUAUAGUGAUCUAGCUGUGCAAAAAUGGUAGAGCUACGCUAUUUUCUGCCUGUUUUACUUGUCUUCGGCGUGUUGGUGAUUUUACCGCGGACUGCUGUAGCAUACACAGACUGCAGCACACUGUCAAACAAAACCUGUGAGGAGUGUCUGCGCAAUCUGAGUUGCUUGUGGUGCCAGUCAACACAGAUAUGCGUCUAUUACCCGGUGCAGACUAUUCUGCCCCCGCAAUCUCUGUGCCCACUGGAUUUAGCUCGAUGGGGGUCAUGCUGGGUGAACUUUCAGACUCUGAUCAUCACGAUUUCUGUAGUUGCUGCUGUCAUUAUCAUCGCGAUUUUUAUCUGUUGCUUCUGCUGCUGCAAAUGUGAGAAUAUUGGCACGAAGAGGUUUGAGAAUAAGAUGGAUCGCCAGGCUGAAAAAAGGAAGGUUCAACAGGAGGAGAGGAAAGCUGAGAUGAAGACGAGGCAUGAGGAAAUCAGGAAGAAAUAUGGUCUCACAAAGGCAAACCCUUACGCUAGAUUUGAGAACAGCUAAGCGGGCUGGUCGUCACAGCUGUCCAAUAUGCUUCUGUCUUUCCUCGGCACAAACAGCUCCUGUCCCUGAAACACUCCAAUAGAUUACACUUCAUUUUGCUACUCAGAGAAGUAGUUGCUAGUCCUUUAUGUAAAAUGGUUGCCAGAAAGUAUAUUGCUGUACAUCAGGUACUUUAAAAGAUGUUUGUUUUCACUGAAAAUCCUUUAACUUUUUAAACUGGUAUACCUAGGUAAACUAAAACAUUUUAGUUAAUCUGAUAUAACAAAUUUUUUUCCAGCUCUUCUUCCAGUAUAAAAAUAUACCAAGAAUUGAUAAAGCCUUCCAGUGCAUUUUUUACGAACCAAAACACCACCUAUCCUGAAGUGCGAUGUUCAGAUUAUUUUUAGUGCAAAUAUGAUUGCAUGAAUGUCAAUUUAUUGUCAGAUUACAGCAGGUAGUUAUUCUUCUGAAACUGACCUUGUUUAUAUGUUUUAUUUCUAAGGUCUAACAGGGGAAAUGGUAUGAUACCCUUAAAAUAUUAAACCAAAGGCUUUUUGAAGUGUUACUAUGUAAUACAUCAUUCUACAUGAUGUCUUGAAAGUCAUUUAUAGGUACUAGUAAUAGUAAUAUUUGAUUUUAUAACUAUUUUGUAAUUCAUGUUUGGUUUUGGUUUAAGGCUUAUUGGUCAGUGUGGUAACAAACCAUAAUGUACAAUCAGUUGUUUCAAGCAGUGUAUUGUUAUGCAAUUUGAUUUUUUCCAUUCAUGUAAUUAUAUAUGUUUAUCUUUGUGUGCCAUGUUAAAGCUCUCAAAAGAAGUUUUAUAUCAGGCCUAAAUUGGGAAAUGCACAUUUGUUUUUAAAUUAUAUCAGGUACAAUCUUCCAUAAAAGAUAUUCUGCCAGUGCUUGAAGUUUACUAGCCAAACACGUGUCAUGGCAUAAUUGUCUUGCCAGAGUUUUUCUUUAUAAAUUGGGACCUGUAUUGAAAGCUGUCCUGAUCAAUAUACUGCUAAAUACUUAUAAGCCAGGGUUUGUGCUACUAUUCAGGAAAUCUGAAAUUACAAAUAAAUGUAAACUGAAAUCA